AUGUCUCCACAAAAUAAAUCUCAUUCAUCAUUGUCUGGUCAGAUUUCGGCGCCACCUAGUACUGAUAGCCAGUGGUCAUCUAUGACAACUCUUUCAUCUUCCCUAGAAAUUCCGACUACAGGUACUAGUAAUCAAACUUCUCGUGAAUUAAUGGACAAACACACCAUACUGUUGCCAUCUGAAUUACCACCAGAUCCCUAUAUAUCAUCACAAUUAAGUCCAUCUCCCCAUUCAGUCACGAACCUCUACUCUGGUGAGGGAUUAGUGAGAACUUCAGACGCAUUUUCAUCUACAUCUAAUAACUCAUGCCUUCUAAUUGGUGAUAAAAGCCUGGAACUGCCUGAAUUGGACAAUAUGGCAUUGUGGGCUCCUCUUCCCCAAUUAGAUGUUUCAGGUCUUGGUGUUUUCCAUGUUCCGACCUUUCAGAAGAUGAGGAAGAAUUGGAUCAAUCCAUUGUGA